AUGAGGGAGGGCUGCCUUUCCCCUCACGAGAGCAAGCUACAGUCAACGCCGCCUACAGUCAACGCCGCCUGCCAAGGAACAAGCGGCACCGCAGACCGCGGCCGAGUCAGCCGCAACACCGCAGGGUUCACCACCACAAGCAGCUGCAGCACCAUCAUCAUUACUGACAACGCCACAUCGCGUUCACCGCGGCCGGCCAUUCUGACACCUUCAGCCCCAGCGAGGUCGUGGGCCCCCAAAGAGAGGAGGUGCAGUGGGUCAGUAAGGGGGAGUUCCUCCCGCUCUCGCUCCCUCUCCCUGCACCCUGCUCAGCAUGCCCCAGCCCCUGAGCACCUCCACAGCUCUCCCAGCUCCACUACCAUGUGUAGAUGGACAGUGACACAAGGUGCACCGGUCGCCUGGUCCUCCGCCUGCCCCUGCUACAGGCCCCCUUCACUCCUCCUCUCCCUCGUCUUCCUCGCCCUGCUCCUCCUGCUCGAGCCCUCCGCGUCGGCGCCCCUGUCCACCUCAUCGCCGGACUCUGAGAAGAACCACGAUGGACCCCGAGGGACGCCCCCUCACGCCUUCAUCUCGCGCCGGCCAACCCCCUCGUCGCCCGCGCCGCCGCACGCAUCCUCUGCGAGGUCGCCGAGGGCGACCAACGUGUCGUCGUCGUCCUCUGCCACCGUGGUCGGGCGCCACGUGCGGAGCAGCUACAACCAUCUGCAAGGGGACGUGCGCAGGAGGAAACUGUUCUCCUUCCAGAAAUUCUUCCUUCGCAUCGAUAAGAAAGGAAAAGUUAAUGGCACCAAAACUGAGGAUGAUCCAUACAGUAUGUUGGAGAUCAAGUCAGUGGACGUGGGAGUCGUGGCCAUCAGGGGCCUCAGCAGUAACUACUACCUGGCAAUCAGCAAGAAGGGCGAGCUGUACGGAGCGAGGGACUUUGGUCCGGACUGCCGCCUGAUCGAACGCAUCGAGGAGAACAAGUACAACACCUACGCUUCAGCAGAGUGGCGCAACAAGAAAAAGCACAUGUUUGUGGGACUGAAUGCCAACGGCAAGCCGAUGAGGGGGAAGAAGACUCGUAGGAAAAACACUGCCACUCACUUCCUGCCCAUCGUGGUACAACCGCGGUGAACGGACGUAUUGAGAGGGAGCUCCGCUCCGCGCAGGCCGCCGGACCUUUGGGGAUUUACGGCGACGGCUACAUUCUACAGAUCUGAAUCAGAUCUGAAUGAUGCACUGAGGAGGAACGCAACGGAAACCUACGGACAUAUUUAUCUCGGUUGGAUAAAAGACGUUUCUAUAUUGAAAGAAAGAAAUAAAAUAUAUUGCCUUACAAUUAUUUUCAGUUUUAAGUUAUCAUGUACAUUGUCACAGUAGAAAAUAUGAAAAGAAAUGACUUCUGUGCCAAAUGUGAUUAGUAACUCACAUUUCUAGAUUUGUGUACAUGUAAUUUGUGUGAUGGGGAUGAAACUAAAUGACAGAAAGAUGUGAGAGAUGAAAGGAAAGAAGAAGUACAGAUAGAAAGCUGACUGACAGAAGAGCAGGAGGAAAGAAUAAAAAGCCCAGAAAUUAAAAUAAUAGUUAAGAAGCAACAUCACAACAGCAAGUCUAACACCAUCAUAUUUCUUUAAAUUUAUUUAUUUAGUGUAUUAUUUAACAAAUAAGAACAAAAACAGAAAAAAGGAUGAACUUUGUCUUUUUUUUUUUUUUACCAUUUAUGCUUGUCUAUUGAAUACCUAUCAUUUAAACCUGAAUAAAUAUAUAAAAUAUAUUUGUCUUUAA